CUUUUCUCCAUCGUCUUUCUACCAUGCUCGCAUUCCCGGUGGCUCUUCUUACUGUGUUCGCGGGGUCGGUCCUCGCGCAGGCCCCUCCCGGCUUCACCAGCCAAAGUGGCCCACCCACCUUCUUGGGAUGUUAUGCUGCCGCCACCCCGCAGUCCACGGUGCAGCCUGGCCUCUUCACCUUCCUUGGCUGCUCAUACUGGGAUAGCACCACCUCGUUUGUGUCGGGUUAUUCAACAUGCUACGCCCAGCCCAGCGUCAACAUCCCUUUGGGCUCGUACAAGGUCAUUACCACCCCUGUUGACUGUUAUAUUCAGUGUGCAACCUCGACAUAUGCGUACGUGUACGCAAACAUCGCCUUCAACCAGUGGAACUGCUUCUGCUCCAACUCCUACUUGGUUCCCGGUGGCACGUCUUUCCAGGGCUGUCAACAGGGCAGCGUAUUUGUCUUUGCGCACUCGCUCCAGGCAGCCGCUUCUGGAUUCGCUCGGAGGAAGCGUGUGUUGGCUGACCCCAAUGCGUAUUGCCCUGGAGCUCUGUCAGCUUGCAAAGUUGCAAACUCAUCGGAGGGCUACGAGUGCCUCGACACUCGUUCAGAGCUCGAGUCGUGUGGCGGUUGCGUCAACGGCUAUUUUGACAACUCGACGCAGCCUCUUGGACUCAACUGCGACACUCUCUCCACCCACGAUCAGCAGUACACGUGCGUGGAGGGGCAGUGUCAGCCUUUCUGGUAACUGCCGGCAGUCCCGCGAGUCUAGUCGUUUUCGCGGUCAGGAAGUGGAUUAAUCGGUGAUCAACUCUUACCUUAGUCCAUGUGCAGGCUGCACAUGGACAGUUUUAUUUUCGUCCCACAUGGGCAGUUUCGCUUUCGUCCCACUCCCCUCCCCCCCUACAACCCGUAAUGCUUUACAGCAGACUCU